ACUUCAACCCAUCCUAGAAUUACAAACUUCUGUUCCCGUGAGACAGAAUAUAGGAAGGUCUCCUUGUCCACAGAAGACAACUAACAGAAACGCGGAAAUAGAGAUAUAGAAGAACUGAUGAUUUACAAAGCGGAUAAUGAAUUGUGUAAAAAUGGAUUAAACAUUAUAUGGGCAUUGAGUUUUUCAAUUCAGACAAACUAUGAUGAUCGGUAUCAAAGAUACGUAGUGUACGCCGCUAUCAAAAAACUCGAUUGGUGAUUUUGUCAUACACAAUAAGAGCAAGAACGGUGAAAGCAUAUAUGAACAGGCAAAAGCAAUAUUACUGGCACUUGCUGAGGACAAUGCACUUGACCAUGUCCUCGAACAAGGUUGGAGACCUGAAAAAUCGACCACCAAAUCACUUCAAACACUGUCUCCGCAAUGAAAUUGCCUUCACCAUGUUUGGAAACCCUCUCACUAGAGCCUCGUCCUCAUCGCACAACCGCAGCAUCCCGGCCACCUGAGCCAGGAUGGUUCGCCGCUGUUUAGGGGAAAGAGAGUGAGCGGUUCGAACGCGGAUAUGGAGCGACUGAGGGCUGCCAAUACGGUGGGAGAUGCGAAUCAUGACCGAGGAAUCAUCAUCGUCGUCGUCAUCAAAGAUUGAGAGGCCCAAAGGGCGGGAGAAGGUCUUGGAGAGAGAGUCCCAGCGGUUGGAUGACAUCAUGAACAGGCCGUGGCUGUACACCAUCUUCUCCAGGUCGAAUUCCGCCGCCAACGACAGCUAUAACAACCCGUUCACUUUCUUAUCCACACCUGCUUUGCAUUCAGCCUCCAAAACUGCAACUUCCUGAAGUUAAAAGUUAUUGCUUUAAAAUCUCUCAAGGAUGCUUGGCACAACACUCCACCCGGUUGGGGACAGAUAGAUCCAUGUGGAGAGAAUUGGGAAGGCAUAACUUGCACCAAAUCACGUGUGACUUUCAUAACAUUAUCAAGCAUGGGAUUGGAGGGUCAGCUAACGGGGGAUAUUUCAACAUUGUCAGAAUUACAGACAUUGGACCUUUCUUACAACAAGGGCCUCACUGGCUCUCUCCCUUCAUCAAUUGGGGAUUUGAAGAAGUUAACAAACUUAAUCCUAGUUGGUUGCAGCUUUUCUGGUCAUAUUCCUGAGUCAAUCGGAUCUCUGCAGCAGCUGGUCUUUUUAUCUCUUAAUUCUAAUAGAUUCAGCGGAACAAUUCCACCUACCAUUGGAAAUUUGACGAAUCUUUAUUGGCUGGACCUCGCUGACAACCAGCUCGAAGGACCUAUCCCCUUCUCCAAAGGGACUACUCCUGGUCUUGAUAUGCUCGUCCAUGCAAAACACUUUCAUUUUGGAAAGAAUAAGCUCUCCGGUCCAAUCCCGCCUCAGCUUUUCAGUUCAAAUAUGGCUCUGAUACAUGUGCUUUUUGACAGCAACCAACUCACUGGAAGCAUUCCUUCGACCCUUGUGCUUGUGCAGACUUUGGAGGUUUUACGUUUUGACAGGAAUUCUUUAAGUGGUUCUGUCCCUUCAAACUUCAAUAAUCUGACAAGUUUGCAUGAGCUGUUUUUGUCUAACAAUAAAUUGAGUGGCCCUAUGCCAAACCUUACUGGCUUGAACUAUCUCAACUCCUUAGAUUUGAGCAAUAAUAGUUUUGAUACCUCAGAUGUGCCAUCGUGGCUUUCAACCAUAGAGUCCUUGACAACAUUAAUGAUGGAAGAUUGUAGAAUUCAAGGAGAAGUUCCUGGCAGCCUUUUCAGCCUCCCCAAUCUCCAGACUGUGGUGUUGAGGCGCAAUCUCCUCAAUGGAACUCUAGAUAUUGGAACUGGCUUUAGUGAUCAACUGCAGCUCAUUGAUUUCCAGAACAAUUUCAUUUCUGCCUUCACACAAAGACCAGUACUCUACAAUUUUGAAUUGAUACUUGUUGGGAACCCAGUUUGUGAAGAAACUGGACAAACUGAGAAAUACUGCACGGCUUUUGAAGCUAAUUCAUCAUCAUAUAUGACACCACCAAACAACUGCAUCCCUGCCCCUUGCAGUGCAGACCAGGUUUCGAGCCCCAACUGUCAAUGUGCAUUUCCAUAUACAGGAACUCUAUUCUUUAGAGCUCCUUCGUUCUCCAACUUGGGAAACAAAACAUACUAUGUUACUCUACGGCAGUCUCUCAUAGAUUCUAUUCAGUUGCAUCAACUUGCUGUGGAUUCAGUUUCUCUAGGUAAUCCAAGAAAGAAUCAAUUUGAUUACCUUGAAUUGACUCUGGAACUCUUCCCAUCCGGCCAAGAUAGUUUCAAUCGAACUGUUGUUUUUGAGAUUGGUUUCAUACUUAGCAACCAGACUUUCAAGCCCCCAGCAUUGUUUGGACCUUUCUACUUUAUAGCUGAUACCUACAAGCAUUUUUCAGGGGAAUCUUUGGGAUCACAAAAGUCAACAAGCAUCGGCAUCGGCAUUGUCAUUGGAGCUGUUGUUGGCGGUGUUGUUCUCCUGCUUCUGUUUCUCCUUUUUACAGGGAUUUAUGCUCAUUGUCGGAAGAAGAGAGCGGAAAGUGCGACAGAACAGAACCCUUUCGCAAAUUGGGAGUUGAGUAAGAGCAGUGGCAGCAUUCCUCAAUUGAAAGGAGCACGAUUCUUCUCUUUUAUAGAGGUCAAGAAAUACGCCAAUAACUUUUUAGAAGCCAAUGAGAUUGGAACUGGUGGAUAUGGAAAGGUUUACAGAGGAACUCUUCCUGACGGGCAACUGAUUGCUAUAAAACGAGCUGAACGAGGAUCUACGCAGGGUGGGCUUGAAUUUAAAACUGAGAUUGAACUUCUUUCAAGAGUCCAUCAUAAAAAUGUCGUCAACCUUAUUGGAUUCUGCUUUGAACGAGGUGAACAAAUGCUGAUAUAUGAAUAUAUUACAAAUGGUAACCUGAGGGAUUGUCUAUCAGUAGGGAAAACAGGAAUCAAUCUGGAUUGGAUGAGAAGACUUAAACUAGCCCUUGGUGCAGCUAGAGGUCUGGCUUAUCUGCAUGAGCUUGCAUGCCCUUCCAUUAUCCAUAGGGACAUCAAAUCAACCAACAUUUUACUGGAUGAACAUUUGAAUGCAAAAGUUGCUGACUUUGGUCUCUCCAAGCUUGCAAGUGAUGGCGAGAAGGCUCAUGUUAGUACUCAAGUUAAAGGGACAAUGGGUUAUUUGGAUCCAGAAUACUAUAUGACACAACAAUUGACAGAGAAAAGUGACGUUUAUAGCUUUGGUGUGCUGAUGUUGGAGCUAAUAACAGCAAGGCGGCCGUUAGAACAAGGGAAAUAUAUUGUUAGAGUGGUAAGGGUAGCAAUGGACAGAACGAAAGAAUUAUACAACCUACAUGAAAUUCUUGAUCAAACACUGGAGUUGGGUCCUAAACUUAAAGGUCUAGAAAAGUUCGUGGAUUUGGCAAUGAACUGUGUACAAGAGUUAGGUGUUGAUAGGCCUACAAUGGGGGAGGUUGUGAAAGUGAUUGAGAACAUAAUGCACCUGGCUGGUCUGAACCCAAAUGUUGAAUCAACUUCAACUUCUGAUCAAACAAGUAAAGGAAUUUCCUUUGGUUCUUAUGAUUUGUGAAAAGGACAUGGAACUUGUAAGUGAUGAGGAUUACUUUCUUGUGAAUAUAUGCCAUGAAGUUUGAAGCUGUGUGUGUGUGUGUUUUUUUUUUUGGUAAGGUUGAAAUGUAAUUAUUAACAAUAUAAACAAUAUAAAGGAUGUUAAAGUAAAAGAUGUGAGUUUAUUGUAUCUUAUUUCUUGUAAUAAGAAAGUCAUUUACUUCCAA